AUGACGAAUGCUACAACUGAUGCUGCUUCUGAUGAUAAGACUAUAGUAUGUAGCAGUACUACCACACUAUCACCAACACCACCACGCAAAUUGCGUGCCUUGGUGAUUAGCAUGCCAGGUUCCGACCGGCAAUCGCACAUUGAAGCCAUGUUUGCCGACCUUUACGAAUUCUUUGAGCCUCCCGUCUUUAGCGAAGGAGUUCCUCAACGACGUCUCCGCAAUCGACUCGAGUGCUUGCGAUACUGUCACAUGGCUGGACUGGUACCGGAUCGAGAGUGGCACGCCAUUCAAGAGGGAUUGAAAGACCCCGAUUUGGAACGACAAGAUCCCACUCGAUUUCUCAACAAGUGUCUUGAAAAUGUACCUCUCAACAUCGAUCAAGACCAACGACGAGGCAGCAAGACCGACCUGAAGGUACACUACUCCAUUGAAUUAUGGCGCAAGGCAAAAACCAUCAAUCGAGGAAGAGCCGUAUUGGCAUGUACACUGGCACAUCUUAUUGCGCUUAAAAAGUGGUACUCUAGUAAUGACAAUAAUGACGACCAAUUCGACAUGAUUUUAGAAGACAAUGUCCGAACCACCCUUUCCGAUUCGGCCCUUCGAAUUUGGCACGCCCGAUUGGCUGCAGAGGAAUACAACAACAACAACCAGCAGCAGCAGCAGCAACAAAAGUGUCACAUGAGAUUCCUGGGAUGGCUGGGAUCCAUUCCCAAUUUGCAAUGGAUUCUGCAACGCCAUGUCAAAGCACGAGCAUUCCAAAGAGACGACAAUACGUAUGCUAGCCAAUACACCAUUGUGCCGUUUCCAACGACCAAGGAAAUCAUGGAUGACUUGGAGCUGCAUGGAUGGGACCAGCCAAAUAAUGCAGUGACUGAUGACACUCCUUCCAACAACAAGACGCCAACUAGUCCUGCAUCCGAACGAGACGACAACGACGACACUGCCAAUGACUCCAAAAUGGCAAGUGGUGCCAAAGCUCACACCCAACCUGGAGGAACACCUGUCUGGGGAAGUUAUGCCUACUGGAUGUCGCGAGAGGGAUAUCAUGCCCUCUUGCAUCGAUUGCAAAAUGAUGUCGGGGCGCUCUUGUGGAAGGGGAAACGGGGUCGCUUUUAUCAUGUCAAACCGGCCGACAAGGUAUUGCCACGAGUACUCAUGGAACAUUUUGGAAAUGGAGCCGUCCAACUCACCACCAUGCCGGCAUUCUUUCGAGCACCCAUGCUCACCAGCAAAAUUCAUACCCAAUUUGACCCCGAAUUUUGCAAAUCGACCGAAUAUCAACUCCAGCAAUGUGGCAAUCUCGAUUGGAAAGAUCUGUGGUUGACGGACGAGGAACGACAAAUUGUACAGCAUCGGCAGGAAACGGGGGAAUGGAUUACUUUGGGGGCGCUCCAUGAUGAACAUGCGCAAACAACAACAAACCAAUCCACAACCAGCAAACGGGAAGAAUAA